AUGGAGCAAUCACAAUAUGAAAUCGAUUUGGGAAAUCUAAUGGCCUUUGAUCCACAUCAUCAAUAUCCUUCUUCUUUGACUUCCAGGGAGGAGCUAGUAAAGGAGGCUCUUGAACAGGGCACCAAAUUGGUACAAGCAGUUGCGGAUGCUCUCUUCAAUUUACCUUCAACUGAAGACCGAGAUGGUCCUAUGGUCAAGUUGCCUGCACCUACAACAAGAUUGCCAAGAGAGAAGCCGCUUCCCAAACCUAGACCACCUACAAAAUGGGAAUUGUUUGCUGAAAAGAAAGGUAUUAAAAAACGCAAGCAAGAUAAGCUUGCCUUUGAUUAG